UGUGGUCUUUCCCCAGUUUCACAGGCAGCCCUCCCUAAGGACCCCUGUGAGCAAAGUCAGAAAUGGCUUUCCUGGGGACCGAGAGUGCCCACAGUGCUCUUCCUGCUGCUUAGAAGUAGAGACCCCUGUAUUUCGCUGGCUCUCUAAAUUUGUCUCAGCUCCAGGCCUGUUAUUACAGUGAAGAUAUGAGAAUGCCUCCUUUUGCCAAGUUCUUCUCGGAGCAGGCUGAGCUGAAAAGGGAGCAUGCAAAGCAGUUCCUAAGAUAUCUAAGAAAACGUGAGGGUAUUAUCUGCCUUCCAGUUAUUAAGAGGCCCAACAUAGAUAACUGGGGAAAUGGCUUACAAGCCCUGAAGUUUGCUGUGCAGUUGGAGAACACAUUAACCAAUGUCCUACAAGAUCUGAAAAUCACAGCUACUAAGGAUGAUGAAACUGGUCUCAUAGACUUCGUAAAGGAGUUCAUAGACAAACAGACAGCAAGCAUAGCUUUUCUGGAAUACCAUCAGAAGCUAUUAGAAGAGUCCCUCCAGCAGAAAGGCCUGUCUGAAAAGUCUGCUGAGUCUGCUGAGACAUCAGUUGAAGAGACUUAACUUCUGAAGGCAGCAGCACAGCAAGUCUUGCCAUUGUAGUGAUCUCAGAGUCAGCUACUUAAGAGUCUUGGUCAGUUCCACUUGCCUGAAGACUGCUUUCCUUUUUAUCUAGUUUCCUAAUCCUCUUUGCUGUGCAUGCAAAUAAAUCUGCUUUGCAUUAU